AUGUUGUAUCCAAAGGUUGACCAAUCAACGACCGGCCCGCACCCGCUCAAAAAAAUCACUGAAGUUUUCCCACAUAUCAUAUCCACCAUGGUCGGUCCCACAGCCUCUCUUGACAAUUUAAACCGGGUGGAUGGCUCUGCCUCCUACAAAUGCCCUGCAACCGGCUACUCUGUGCUCGGUGCUGUCAAUGGACCCAUCGAGCUUCCAGCCCGUCGCGACGCCCUUAAACCCGAAGAAGCCACUGUUGAAGUUUUUGUGAAGCCUGGAAACAUUACCCCUGGCGUGGGUGAAAAGUCUGUGGAGGGAAUUUUGCGCGAGGUCCUGAGCACAGUUAUCCUCCGACGCGAGAAGGGACUCCCGCGCCGCGGAGUGGUCAUCACUCUGGGAAUCUCGGGAGGUGAAGCCACAGAACGCGGUGAUUCGUAUAUCACCCUUCUUCCCGCUCUCCUUCAUGCCGCCCUACUGGCUUUGAUCUCCGCUGCCAUUCCUUUGUCCAUGACUUUCGCUACUACCUUGCUCGGUGUAACACAGUCUGGGGAGAUUAUUCGUGACCCAUCGCCGGCUGCCGCCAAAGCUGCCGCGUCACUGCACGCCCUGUCUUUCUCCUCGAAGGGCCACCUGCUCAUGAAUGAAAGCCUGGGCCGGUUCGACUUUGACACAUGGGAAUUGGUUCGACAGGAAGCCGCAUCCAUCUGCGAGGGAGCUUCUACCUCUGGCGCUGACGGUGACAUUGAUAUGAGCGGAGCCGACAGUGCUCAGCUGGGUGCAUUCGUUCGUGAGACGGUGGAAGACCAUCUCUACCGCGACUACAACUGGAAGAUCGAGUCGAUUUGA